GUAUACGCGCCAAACGUGGAGACAAUCUUAUCUCCGUCCGAAAUGGCUGCGGAAAAGCUCGAGGUACGUGUUCAGCGGAUUAAUUUGGCCGAAGACUGACUUGACUGUUGGUGGAGCCUCAAAUAAUCCCUUGCCGAAAGGAUAGGAAGGAAUUGUGACGAGAUAUUGUGGAUGGUGCCGGGUUCUUUCUUAAAUUCGAUGGGCCAGGACUCCGCAUACAUCUACCCAUGGACGUUGUCCGCGCUCACCUUGGCUUGAUUUGCAACGUGUUACGGCCGUCUUGUCUCUCUUGGAUCGUAUAUCUCGUAUUACAUUCGAUGACUAGGCCGUUCCCAAGUCUUCUACUUGGCGUUGAGCCAAGAAUCGUGAUACGUAAGACCGAAGCCGGUAAUAUGACACUGCGCAGUCUGCGUUUGCUUAUUCCAUUGGUUCUUGUGAUACAACUGCUCUCUGCAUCCUCUUUGAGAGACACCUAUUGUUACCGUCAAAUUUCCCUUCCGAAGGGGCUCCAUGCGUCAAUAUCUCACCAUACUAGCUUGCGCACUGAGCGUUUCAAGUAUAUCGGACUUUUAUUAACAACUUUGGAUUCCGAGACGCUUGGUUGUAACAGUCAUCAUCGUUCUGGAGGUAGAGUGCUCCACUGGUUGAAAGCGCAGAUGAAAUCAAAUGUGAGAAUGAGUAAAGUGCCACGCUAUGGAUGAAAUGACACACACCUAUCAUUCCACCCAAUGGGAUCUAUACACGCUUAGUGAUUGUGGUCUGGAGCUGCACCGAAAGAUGGGAGUCUCCAGGAUCGGUAUAGGUCGUCCACGUGGGAAUGAUAGUCCGAUGCGUCGCCUUGACUGGGAGAGAUAGGAAAUGCCGCGCUAAUCACGUCAGGAUAACUGAUGGGGA